UUGCCAAUCUGUAAACUGAGGUAAACAGUCGCAAGAAAAAAAAAUCAAUCGGGAGAGGAUAUUAAUGAACAAGAUGUUUCCCAAUUGGGAUAGGGUAAAAAGGGUUGAACCGAAGUUAUUAGAUACUCCACGUAACUAUGAGGCCAGUCUUAAAAACGCCAAGGUAAUCUCUCCCUCCAGUGAACAGCUACGUUCUGAUGCUUUCCUGAAGCCCAAGAACCUGAACAACGCACAUAUCAAAUCUUGGGUGGACGAGAAAAACAGCAGCUUCAUGCUCUAUCCAAGGAACCUCUCGAUCACUUGGUCGGAUGACCCCAACUAUUGGACAUGGUUUCCCAGCAAGGAGUCACCAAACGAGGCAGGUGUAGAAGCUGUGGCGUUGAAAAACGUAUGUUGGCUCGACAUCACGGGAAAAUUUGACACGAAGAAUCUCACUCCAGGGAUUACGUACGAGGUGGUCUUUAAGGUGAAGCUAGAGGAUCCGGCCUAUGGAUGGGACACGCCGGUGAACAUUAAGCUAGUCUUGCCUGACGGUAACCACAAACCGCAGGAGCAAAAGGUGAGUUUAACGGAAAUACCAAGGUAUCAAUGGGUCGAUAUUAUAGUCGGAGAGUUCAAGCCGGAGAAAAAUUCCGCGGGAGAAAUCGUUUUCUCAAUGUAUGAGCAUGAAAGUGGCCUUUGGAAGAAAGGGCUCUUCCUCAAAGGUGUUGAAAUUUGUCCCAAAUAUAAAAAUUAAUCUUGGAAUAUAAAUUUCCAAAUGCACACUGAACCUUUAUAUAUAUUCCACAUCAUGACAUGUCUAUAUGGAAAGAAUGUGUGCAUAUAUAUUAUAAGGUGAUCUAUCGUAUUAUUACUUUAGAUACCUACUUUCUUUUUCUUUUUUUUGAUAAAACUUUAGAUACCUACUUUGAUGUUGGUAUUGAAUAAAAGCAAAAACCGAGAUUUGGUGUAGUAAUGUUUUAAGUUUGAAUUCGAGUUUUAUGAUUUGAGUGUAUGUAUGUAAUAAAUAAUCCGAUCAAUGAACAAUUGUUAUGUA